AUGGCCGACCAGCGGAGCAAGAGCAAGAUUCACACGGCUGGAUGCCUCAUCAUUGGCGACGAAGUGUUGGGGGGAAAGACCGUCGACACAAAUUCCGCGUAUUUUSCUAAGUACUGCUUCUCCCUCGGCAUCAACCUCAAGCGGAUCGAGGUGAUCGCCGACGACGAGAGCGAGAUCAUUGAGGCUGUGCGUAGAAUGAGCAGCAACUAUGAUCUCGUUGUCACAUCGGGUGGCAUUGGGCCAACACACGACGAUAUCACUUACCAGAGCAUCGCCAAAGCUUUCGACCUGCCUCUUGUUCUGCAUGAGCUUGCGUACGAGAAGAUGAGAAAGCUGUCGAAGAAGCGUCCCGGCCAGGAAAACUUUUCCUGGGAUGUCGACUCUCCUGAGCGUCGAGCGAAACUGCGAAUGGUGGAGCUUCCUUACGACAAGAAGCUGCCCGACGAGGAUCAGGUCAUGUUCGUUGCAGAGGAGCUCUGGGUUCCGAUCAACUGCGUAAAUGGCAACAUUCACAUAUUCCCUGGCAUUCCUCGCCUCUUCGAAGCAUUGCUCAACGGCCUCAAGCCACGCAUCCUACCGAGAUUGGUUGAUCCUGAGGGCAAGGGUGUGCAUCGGAUACUCUUCUCCACGCCCCUUCCUGAGAGCUCAGUGGCCGAAUUCCUCACCACGCUAUCCCAGAAAGUCGAAAGCAAAGGCAUCAAAGUUGGCAGCUAUCCGCGUUUCGGCAAGUCCCGCAACACUGUCACGCUGGUUGGUAAAGACAAGGACUACAUGGAGAGUCUGGUUACCGAAGUUGAGGCGGGUGUGAAGGGAAGAAGAGUCGAAGUGGAAGGCGAGGAUGAUGAUGCUGGGUCUGAUAAAGAUUCUUGA